GCCAGCAAAACAUUUGAGUACUAACUAAAAGCAGUUUGUUAGAUUGACGUCGCCUUAACUGUCGCUACAAUUAGUCCCAGUGUUUCAAUUAUCAUACGGGCUAAGCACAUUUCAAAUUGCUUGCGUUGUUGUGCUGACGUGGUGUAAAUAGUUGGUCCCGGUGAAUUUGAUUAAACUAAAUUAAAUAAUUGUUAAAUAUUUUUAAAUUAUGUCCGCAAUGAACGUGUUCUUAUGCUGCCUCAUGCUGCUGGCCAUCGCUCAAGUGCGAGGCUACAGUUUCACAUCAAAAGAAGUCAAAUGUCAUGUGUGCAAGGCCACGGUGCAGGAGCUGGAGGACGCCAUCGCCAAGGAGGAUGCCAACAAGAAGGUUGAUGUUAGCGGCUUCCGGCUGGAUGCCCAAGGCAAUUCCAUUAGCAAGCGCGUGCGCUAUAUUAAAUCCGAGAUGUUUUUGACCGAGCUCAUGGAAAAGAUCUGUGAAAAAAUGGAUGACUAUCUGAAGGCCACAUACAAGAGCAACGGCAAGUUUACCUUGCUCAAGAUGAUAAUCGAUGGCAAAAUGAAUCCCGAGUCGUCGCUCGUUGAUUUCGUACAGGAUGGCGACCUCAACAAGAGCCUGGGUCACUUCUGUCUGGAGGUGCUCGAAGACAACGAGGAGGCAUUCCUGAAAGCAUUCCAAGCCGAAGACCUGGGCAACGAUUUGGAUAUCAAAAUCUGUUCAGAGCAGGCCAACUAUUGCGAUGAGGCGCCCGUCCAGGAGGACUACGAUUUUGGCGGCAGGGAAGAAUUGUAAUUCCUAGUCAAAUGAGAUGUAAGCAAACGAAUUUCCAUGAUCAUCAUUGUUAUUAAAGCGCCUGCAACAGGCCGCUCCUUUUGUACUGAACGAAAAUUUUAAUUUUAAACGCACCAGCGACAAACAGUUUAAAACGACAAUAAAUACGAGAUGUGCAAUUCCCUCCACAUGAAAA